AUGUUCAACGGGGCCACGGCGGUGGCCACAGUGUUGGCCGCCGUGGUGUUCGCCACGGCCAGCGAAUACCCGGAACGCGAGUGUUGCGACCCCAUCGACUUGCCGCCUUCGCCGCCGCCGCCAUCGUCUGGAGCCGUGGCCAUCAAAGCCGCGGCCGCCGCACGGACCACCACGGUGGCUGUUCCCAGAGAGGAAAAAGCUUCCAAGGAAACGCUAAACUGUCUUUUGGCCAGAUCAUUGUGCAACGAGGAUCCGUCCUGUUACAAAAUCAUCAAUCUCAUACCAAGCUUAUGCGGCAACGAAAUAGUUUCGUGUUCGACGACCACCGUAAUCAAGUGCCGAGCCGCCUUGAAAACACUCCAAGCGUUCCCGUUCUUCAAGCCUACGUGUCUGUGUCGGGAGCCAAAAAUCGAUCGAGAAUGCAACUCGUUUCGCAACUUUUUGUUCGACCAUCCGUGCAACUUUACCCUGCGCAAAGAAGACGAUCCAUUUUUCAUUGACACGUUGACAUCGUGUAGUCACGCGCUAACGGUGUGCGAAUCAUCAGCAGAUUGUUUUAAAACGUACGAGGACUUUAAGAGAAACUGCAAAGUCGGCAAAGAUAACACUUGCGAGGCACCAAAUCCAGAGGACUGUCACAAAGCUUGGAUUAACCUGAGAAAAACUCCGAUCUUCGGAUGUAUUUGUCCGCAGAAUCAGAUGAAGAAACGUUGUGACCGGAUUUUCUCGCUGGUCAACGAUAACCCGUGCAUAAAUCCAGAGUCGGCAAUCACGACGGACAAUUCGAUACUGAACUUCCAGAGCACUUGCCACGAAGCGUUGGAGACUUGCAACAAACAGCCGUACUGCCAAGAAAUGGUUGCAUCGAUUUUUCGAAACUGCAAUCAGAAACAGUGCAAGAAAACCAAUUGCAUGGAAUCGUUGCAGAGCUUCUACAGGAACGAUUCCAUGGCGCCAUUUGCCAUAGAAAUAGCAUUCUGUUUGUGCAAAAAAUCUGGCGUCAACAAGGACAAGUGUUUGGUGGCUCAAGAAAUGUUACAUCCGGAGUGCGCUCAACGCGCUGACGGCCCAGGGAAAGUACCUUGUCAUGCUCUGGCUGAGACGUGUAGGACCAAGCCAGAAUGCAGGUCCAGGUUGGAAGCUUAUGAACAAACGUGUUCGGUCGACGCCUUGACCAGCCGAUGUGCCGGUCCACCGUCAGAGUGUCGUAAGUCCAUUGUCGGUGUCCUCGGAACAAUCUUGCGGACUAACUGCGUUUGCAAGGACACGUCUCCGGUCAGGUUCAACGACUGCAUGGGAUGGCAGAGAGUGUUUUGGUUCAACUCUUGCGUGGUCGAAGCCCAACGAGACUUUCACAUGAUCAAGAUAAAGAAUUUGAACGGAAUGGACCGAACGUCUCCGAGACCUCGGCCUUCGAGCAUCGUGCCUAAAGGACCAAGACGCGACCACCGCCGGCAUAGGACUUCUACCACUGCGGUAGGAAUUACAGCGGUCACGACCACUUUCUCGGCUGAAAUCGCUGACGUGCCAACCACUACAACAAGCAACAUCAAAGUCCUUGUAGCCGGCAAAAAAUUCAAGUCUGCCACCACUGUCAGUCCGUCGACAGCUGUCAGCACGAUCACUUCUACAACCACAACGACUCCGGCUCCUCAAAUACCUCUUCACGGUUGCAGUCUACAAAGGUCACCGCACUACAACAAACAAUUUUUGGCUGAAGGGGAUGUUAUACGGCUUCACAGUCUGGAAGACAACUCGUGUUCGGAAGUGUGCAACUGCAAAAUCGGAGAGAGCCUCACGUGCCAGACCGUUUGCGUCGAGGUGGAACCGUGUCACACUGAAAUCGCAUUCUAUCAUCACGAAUCGCCGGCUUACAUAGCUUUCCGAGGCCGUUGCAUAUGCUACGUGGGACGUUUCAUCUGCAUGCGACCGAAAACGAAUACUUACAGUCUCAAGCCGGGCGUGUUCCUAUUCUUGGGCUACAGCGAAAAGGACGAAGCUUUGUUAAAGGGUUUGGACAUCAUACAGUUUGAAAUCGGAGACUUGGUUUACACUAUACAAAAGUUCAUACAAGACCACAUCAAGUCCAACACGACGUGCAAAUUGUAUUUUCACAGUUUGUCGUUCGAGAACAUGAUUAUCGUUGGGAAGGCGUCUCCGAAAUUGGCAGCCAACGGAGGAUAUGCGAAAAAUACAAAGGACGUCCGGUCUUCCGUUAUUCAGGACAGUUUGGCUUGUUUCGAUGUUCUGAAGAACUUCUCGUACAUGGUUACAACCCAAGCCAUGCCGGUGAAGACUAACUUGUUGCUGUCGCUUUUAAAAAUUGCCGAAGUCGACGUCCUUCUGCCGGCGUUGAGUUCUUCUUGGAGUCCGAUCACCUAUGCUCCAAGCAACUUAAUCAUUUCUCUGUCGCUGGUAAUUAUAACCGUCCUACUAGCGUACCUAGACGUGUGAACGACCAUAAAGAAAUCAUUCCCACUCUCUCGUCUUUAAAUCUCUAUACUUGUGUACAUUUGUUGGUUUUUUUUUCUAUUUCAUACAUAAUGUGUAAAAAUAUAUAUAUACUCAAGAAACGGUGACGGUCCGUGUGAACGGGUUUUGGAAAUUAUGCUAACCGAGUCGACCAGACGGGCACGAGGUGUAUGAGUUGUUUGAGUUGGAAAAACUAAAGUUUCAUAUCGCCAUUACGAUUCAAAUAGAAUAGUUUUAUUCCAUUCUGUGAAUGCUUACUUGCCAACGUUCACGGCUGGUCCAGUCGGUUUUGGAAAAAAACAAUUUUUUUAACGGCUCCGCGACGGCCAUUAAAUCGCUCAAACGAACAAAUAUAAUGUGUACCAGUGUAAUGGUAAUUAAAUAACUAUAUAUUAAGGUUGUACAUAAACGUUAGUGACAGGUAAUAAUUAUUAGCGGGCAGAGAGUGUUUCGAAAAAAACAAACAUUGUAGUAAUCAGCCGUUUCGAUUUUGACGUUAAACAAUAAUAUCGUGUGUGUACUACUAAUUGGUAACCAAAAAAAACAAAAUGCAAAAAAAAGGAAAGGCAGAGAAAGAUAGGCUGGAAUUUGUUUUAAGGGGAAAAACUCACUGACCAAAUAAAAAAACGUAGGUACACACCAGGGCGGGUGGCUGCUUACACAACACCGUCAGGGUAGUGUUGAAGGGUAGGUUAGGGAGGGUAGUUUUAAAGGGAGAGUUGGGGGAAUGGGUGUGUUGAAUAUAAAAAAAAUAAAACCCCAUUCGCGUGUCGCCGUAUAGAACUUUUUUUUGUAAAAUAAUUCCAACCGUAUAAUUAUCGCAACCACAGCCGGUACUCAUUUACUAAUUGUGUUAUAUUAUGUACUUUUUAUAAUAAAUGUUGGGAAAAACGGACGAAUCGAGACGAUCCAAUCGGGUUACAAUAUAAUAUAUUUAUUUGCAACCUAUCAUUGUUAUUAUCGUGGCGGUAAUUUUUUUUACUCAAAAAAAUUAUGAAGAAAGCCCCGCUUACUAUAAUAUAUAGUAAAUAUUAUACAUCUUGUUCAUACGUUUUAUUGUUAUGUUGUAGUUUUUUUAGUACAACUGCAACCGUAACCAUUUGGUAUAAUAAUAUACAAAGUUCAAUUGCUAGAUUCUGAAACGUUAACCACUCUCCUAUUUCCAAACAAAAAAAACAGCAUAAUGCGGAUCCUUGCUGAACACUUAUUCUCACGGGGAAUUAUUCUAUUCCGUUACACACACACAUACACAUCUAACACUCAUAUUUUUCACUCCUUUAAAACAUAAUAUCCUCAAUUAUAUUUCCUUAUACCCUAGAGACAUAUGUUUUCUCUUUCAGUACUGUUUAAAACAUUUUUUUUUAGCAUAUCCGUUCUCUAAAUCUAGAAACCUUUUAAUUUAACAUUUGUUACCUUGAUUUGACGUUUAAUUAGAGCCGACGAUUAACUGGGUGUAAUUAAUCAAAGCGUCAAAGUUCCUGUAAAAUGCAAUUUAAAUCAAUAAUCUUUUAAUUAAAAACCGGGUGGCAAAACGGCCGGUGUUCCAAUGACUUAGUAUUGUGUCGCCUCGUUUUUUCUUCGUUAAUUAAACAAACUACUGCAAGGCUUUUAAGUAUUACACGCGUACCGCAGCAAUAAACAUAUGGGUUUACGAGUGCAUGUUUAGGUGUAGUCGGUAUGUAUUUUCGUUAUGCGAUAAAGCUCACUUAACGCAAUAAAUGCUAAUGGGCAAAGCAAACGACGGUACACGACCCUGAUGGCGCAGUCACAUUUGCGGUGGUAAGGGUUGGCACGAGUAAACAUCAUGUGAGUAUAAAAAGGGAUGAUGGGGGAGGGUGUGAUGGUGCGGUUCGAGUCUAAGUAUGUAUUCGCUUUAAACGGGCAGUAACAUUAUGAUUUCCGGUUUACUUCCGGGACCUUUUAGCGAAAUUACUGGACGACGGUUUAAUCGACGUUUUAUGAACGGACGUAAAGCAUAUAUUAAGAUACUUAUGAAAACAUAAAUCCACAAAUUGUGUAUGGUCGACUAUUGCGGGCUUAGGAAAGUCAAAUUUAAACAUCAUUCGACAUCAGCACUUUAUACAUACCACGUUGUUAACCACACACAGCACUACGGGGAACAAUAAUUAACCGGUAAAAUACUUGACAACUAACAUACUAUUCUUAUAAAAUUGUGCUAUGAAGAAAUAUUAACUUGAUUUUUUUUUUUAUAAUUUUUUGUCAUAAAAUUUAAUCCAUGAACCGUGUUAUAAUUGUUUUUGAAUUUAAAUAACAAUUAAAUUAUAUUAUUUUAAAACUUUGGGUGUGUUGUACAACGAACUUGACCAUCAAUUGGUGGCAGCAGCUAUAUUUACUUGUUUGAAGUUAAACGAAACACUCUCUGUAAAGCCGACCGGUAACUAGUGGCACCGAACUGAACUAGUAUCUACUAGUCACAAUUGAAAUUAUCCUGGAAGUAAACUGAGUAAUGAUCACUUUUAUAAGUUCUACUAUAAACUCAAUCAGUUACAAUAUUUACUUAACGCUUUAAAUAGAAAAUAUAAAGAUCAUUCGGUGCCACAUCCGGUAAAUAUAUUAAUGACAUAAGUUAAACGUAUUUAGAUAGAGUUAUAAAUCCAGUUUCUUAAAAUUGUGAUAUCCCAAACCUAGGAUUCAUGCCAUAAGAUUUUCACUAUCUUGUUAUAGAUAUUUGGAUUUUAUGGUUUGAAAAACUGGAUUUUGCCCAACUACCUAUUUAUAAGAAUAUUAGAAAAACAAUAGUCAUGGUAAUCUCUGAUGGUAUUAGUAUUAACCAUGUAUAAACAUGUACAUUGUACAUAUCAAAAUCAUAUCAACGGUAAACUUGUACAAGACUAAAA